AUGGCUCCCCCAACCCCCGACUUCCUUCUCAAUGAGAACGGCAUCCCGACGUUCGACGUCCUUCCGCUCGGCAGAGACGACCCACGGUUCUCCGCCUGGGGCCUCUACGGCGACAACGAUGAGUUGGGGACGCUCAACAGGCUGACCGACGAGCGGGUCGUCGCCGCGGCCAGAAACGAGAUCAGGACCGGCGCAAGGGUCUUCCUCAACUGA